CAAUUCACACCGGUUCAGCAUCGAGCGGUUUGGGUCAAUGCGAGCGUUUGGCCAAAGGAGGGCGUGAGAUUGACUAAUGGCGGCCUGAGAAUAACAACAACAACAACAGGGCUGGAGAGAGGAGACGGUGCGGUGCAUUGCUACUACAUUGGCCACACAACAACAUCAUCAUCAUCAUCAAACAACAACAACAGCACGGCAGCAGUGGAGAUUCACGCCUUGAGAAGGCCAACACUACCACCGCCGUGAGAUGACGCACGCAACUUAUCGCGGUCAUAAACAAAACUAAACCUCCCCCCCCUCCACAAAGCUGACGGAUUGAACAAUUGCAGCAGCAGCAGUGGCAGCGGCACGUUAUUAAGUCCAGCCGCCGCGAAGUUGUCGCGACGCGUGCCCCGGUGCCAGGCUAGGUGCACUCGGAGCCAUCAUCAUCAUCCACUCCUCCUCCUCCUCCACGCCCGAGCGGGUGGAGUCGGAGGUGUCGCCACUUCCUGCGCCGAUCUCCGUUGCACGGGCCCCACACAGCAGAGACAGAGACACACGGGGGUGAGAGGAGAGACUUUUUGAGUGUCUACAAUCAGAGACACACACGCAGAGAGAGAUACUUUUUGAGUGUCUACAAGAAGAUACAGAGAGAGAGCGAGACGAUCAACACACAGAGAUACUUUUUGAGUAUCUACAAUAAGAGAGACUGCCGAGAGACGAGCAACACACAGAGAGAGAGACUUUUUGAGUGUCUGCAAUUAGAAACAGAGAGAGAGACGAUCAACACACACAGAGAGACGAUCAACACACACGAUCAACACACACACAGAGACGAUCAACACACACGUCCACACGCUUCCAACGUUACAGCGAGCUACAGUCGGAGGACGAACCGGGAUCUUCUCGGGAAAAAGGGAUCUACGGAGUGUUGUUGCUGCUGCUGUUGUUGUUGUUGCUCGCAACCCCCAACAAAGCGUCGACCAUGAACCCUCCGUGUGCCCGCUGCAACAAGACGGUCUACCCCAUCGAGAAGCUCAGCUGCUUGGACAAGACCUGGCACAAGGCUUGCUUCCACUGUGAAGUCUGCAAGAUGGCCCUCAACAUGAAAAACUACAAGGGCUACGACAAGAGGCCUUACUGUAACAUGCACUACCCUAAGCAGUCGUUCACCUCCGUGGCGGACACUCCCGAGAACCUGCGCCUCAAGCAGCAGAGCGAGCUGCAGAGUCAGGUCAAGUACAAGGAGGAGUUUGAGAAGGCCAAGGGCAGGGCCUGCAGCCAAGUGUCGGACACGCCAGAGAUGAUGCGCAUCCGCAAGGCGCAGGACCAGAUCAGCGAUGCCAAGUACCACGAGGAGUUUGAGAAGAACAAGGGCAAGGGCUACGCGCCCGUCACGGACAACGUCACCAUGGAGCAACAGCGGCGCAGCAUGCACGAGGUCGGCAGCGACGCCGCUGCCGCCUACAGCCGCGGCAGCACCCGCUACUCGGCCGACGAGGGCGGCAUGUACGCGCAGCAGCAGCAGCAGCAGCAGCACGGGUACCAAGGUGGCGGAGGUAACGGUGGUCCCCAGCAUGGGCAGGGCUACGUAUCCUCCGCCGCCUCCUCGCAGCAGCGGCCGGUCUCCCAGACCCCCAGAGCCACGAGGCCGUACCGCGCCGUGUACGACUACGCGGCGGCCGACGACGACGAGGUGUCGUUCCUGGACGGCGACGUCAUCGAGAACGUGAAGCAGAUCGACGAGGGUUGGAUGUAUGGCACGGUGCAGAGGACCGGCCAGACGGGCAUGCUGCCCGCCAACUACCUGCAGCCGCUGUGAGGGGGCGAGCCCAUUUUUGCUGGCGAGGGGCGCCGUGCUUCGACCCACAAGCACCGAGUUCCACUGAGAAUCGUUUAACUCCUCUGACGGCAAUAGUCGCAGCACGGCACCACACCGCUUCUAAACACCGCCGCUGUACCCCGCGUCAUUACACGUCUAACGUCGCGACCACCGCUGCUUGUAACACCAUCGUUUCACCACCAACACCUCAAUAACCACCGCUGACCACUACAUCGUUACCACUACGUUCCCAGCAACACCACCGCCAUCGCUCCACUCUCAGCACAACACGAGAAUAUCGACUGAGUCUCUACACAGGCGUCAUUACAGUCUAAUGUCACGACCACCACUGCUUGUAACACCAUCGUUGCAACACCCUAACCACCACCACCAACUACAUCAUUAACACCACGUUCUCAACACCACCACCGUCACCGCUCUACUCUCAGCACAACACGAGCAUAUCGACUGAGUCUCCAAAGCGCCAACCCUCGAACACGAGUCCCUGCUCUAUGUUACUGUGAGGCCGGGGGGUCGGGGGUCGGGGGGCGGGGGGUGCUGAAUUGAAAUGCUUCGUCGCAAAUUUUUUUUACAUUUACAAACAUUUUGUUAAUUUGCAGACCAAUGAACGGUUGAUAUGUCUUUUUUUUCUAUCUCGGCGCAGUUUCUAGAAUAACGCAAAAAAUAAUAUUCUGUGAUUCAUUGAUCUUCACUCUCUCGGUGCGUUGAGGCAAGCUUGGAGCCGCAUCCCAUUGACAGCGCUGGCUUCAAACAAUUGACACAACGCACGAAUUGUCUUAAAAUAAUAAUGAUUAAAGAGCCUUAAGUGCCAGGGCCAACUAUAGCAACAACAUGAUUCCUUAUUCUCUCCAAUUACUUUAAUGUAGUUUACGCUUUAAUCCUUAAAAAUAUAUGAACAGUUUUUUUUUUUAAGUCAGGGCUUACCAACGUUAUUUUUCUUUUCAGACUCGUAGUUUCCAAGUUGAUUUACAAAGUUGCAUUUAGCAUAUUAAGACCGACGUAGAAUUUUUUUUAUGCCAGCCUUUAAUAAAAAAUAAACU